CACCUGGCUCGCCUGUAUUAGCUGACGGUCGCCGUGGUGGGGCGUCUUCAAGCCCAACUCAGUUUACCCGAGCAAGUGAUGCCGCUGCCGGCCGCCUUCUUCGUGCUCGUAGCCUCGCUCGCCUGCAGCGGCCACGCCACCGUCUUCUUCAAGGAGCAGUUUCUCGAUGGAGAUGGUUGGAGGAGCAGGUGGGUGGAGUCCAAGCACAAGGACGAUUAUGGCAAAUGGACGUUGAGUGCUGGAAAGUUAUAUGGUGACGCUGAGCUUGAUAAGGGCGUGCAAACCAGCGAGGAUGCGCACUUCUACGCGCUCUCGGCGCGCAUGGAACCGUUCAGCAACGAGGGCAAAGUCCUGGUGAUCCAGUUCAGUGUCAGGCAUCAGCAGGGGAUCGAUUGCGGCGGAGGCUACAUCAAAAUCUUUGACGCCCGACUCGACCAGACCCAGAUGAAUGCCAAUUCGCCCUUCUCCAUCAUGUUUGGUCCCGACAUCUGCGGCGCGCCCAUCAAGAAGGUUCAUGUCAUCCUCAACUAUAAGGGACAAGGACACCAAAUCAAGAAAAACAUUCCGUGCAAGGACGACGAGCUGAGUCACGUGUACACGCUGGUGCUGCGUCCGGACCAAACGUAUCAGGUGAAGAUCGACAACCGGGAGGUGGCGUCGGGCUCGCUGGAGGACGACUGGGACCUGCUGCCCCCCAAGACCAUCAAAGACCCCCUGGCCAGCAAGCCGGCCGACUGGGACGACCGGCCCACCAUGCCCGACCCCGACGACACCAAGCCCGAGGAUUGGGACCAGCCAGAAACCAUCCCGGACCCCAAACACCGUAAACCCAGCGACUGGCGAGAGGACAUCGACGGCGUGUGGUCGCGUCGGGUGAUGCUCAAUCCCGACUAUAAGGGCGACUGGACGCCCAGGCAGAUAGACAACCCCAAAUACGAAGGCUUGUGGGUCCCCCCUGAAAUCCCCAACCCAGAUUACGUUCACGACGCAGAAAUGUACAAAUUCCACAACAUCGGCGUGCUGGGAUUGGAAUUGUGGCAGAUGAGGUCCGGAACUGUCUUUGACAACUUCCUCAUCACCGAUGACAUCCGGGAAGCCGAAGAGUUUGCCCGGCAGACUUGGGGACUCAUGCGGGCAGCGGAGAAAAAGAUGAAGGAAGAGCAAGACGAGCUGGAGAGGAAGAAGUGGGACGACGAGCACAACACGAAGGACAACUUGGACGUUGACUUUGGUGAUGAUCACGAUGACAAGGCUGAUGACAAGAAGCCCGUGCGGAAAAUCAACACCGAGCUGUAGUUCUGCGUUCGGAUGGGAGUUGAGUGUAUUUGCUACCAAUAUGGUUACCCAAAGUGCACACGCAACCUAAUCUGCAUCGCAAAUAUGGCAACACCAGAUGGGCAAAAUACAUGAAAACGUGGUUAGCUUUGGUGUCACUCACAUGUAUCGAAUGACCUCAAAAUGCCGGAAAGCCCACCAAUUAUAGCCCCGCCCCCCUCCGCACCAAAGAAAACUCCCUCUUUGCGUGGCCCGGAAUUUUGCAAAUAAAAAGUUUCCCCCCCUGGAUACCAUUUUAGCCGAUCAACACAAAAUUGGAUGGUCAUGACUAUUUGGAAUUGAUGCGCGAAAAAAAGUCUCAGGAACAUAGUUUGACUUCUCGUUAUUUAUUCUUACUUGGUCUUGAAUGCAAAUGCUGCUCUGUGUGUUAAAAGUAUAAUGAUCCUCAUUCUCCUCCUCUAUACUGGUUUUGAGCUUCUGCCAAUGAAAUAGCACACCUCGACAAUCUGACUCGCAAACUUUGUCAAGGAAACAACAAAAAUUGAAGCCUACGCGUCUGCUUGGGGCACACGGUGGGCCAGGAUGGAAGAAUAACUUUUAAUGUUUUUUCUUUUAAGUCAGUACCUGGAAAGAUUUGAAAUGCAUCUCUUUGUUUGGAAUAAAAGAUCAAUAAAAUAAGGGCACCAUUGCCACCUACUGGA